GCGGCUUCGCGUCGCCACGGCAACCUCGGGCGGCCGCGCGCUUGGUUGCCAGCGGAAGUCCCGCCCUCUCACCUUUCCCGCCGACAGGAGGCGGGAGCCGGGGGACUGGAUCGCGGAUUGGCUGAGGCGUUGUGUCAGUCAAAGGCAGGCGGCUGUCCUCACAGCGUGGGCGUCCCGCACCCACUCAGGGAGGGCGCUGGAUUUGGUACUCGGUCGGCACAUUAACCUGCUUCAGGCUCUUGCCGCAGCCGCAAUGCGUGGCCCGGAGCCCGUGGUGAGCCGCCAGAGGUGAGGGCGGGAAGAGGCAGGCGCCCUAGGCCUAAGGGUCGGGCCCGUGCCCUGCGACAGGCGGUUGCUGCCGCGUACCCCCGUGGGCGCCUGCCGGCAGCGCCCCCUCGCGGCCGGGCGGCUCCGCCCACGUGCGUGAGGUGGGGGUGCUCGCCGGGCGCCCACCAUGAGCUUGGCGGAGUGCCGGAGCGCCGGCGCCCUGGAGGUGAAGUUCGUGCCCGACGAGGACGUUGUGAGGCACAUCGCUGACGACGCAGGUAUUAAAGUUCAGAAAGGCAAAACUCAGCUGAUAGUCAAUACGAAGAGAUUUGUAAAGAAGCUUGAGGCUGUCUCAGAUGAUGAAGCUCAGGAGGUCCUGGAAGAGAAGAGCUAUGUUGCUGCUUUAGGCAUAUGUGGUGAAGAAUCAGUGACAAACGGCUCAAGUGUAGGUGGUGGUGAAGUUUACACAUUCCAGACUCCCAAACGUUCCAACAAAAUGGCAGAGCUGGCCUCUGAAUUAGCCCAGACACCAGGACAGAGUGUUGUACCUGAUCCCUCCGAGUGCCAUGAGAAGACUGCCAAAACCCCUCAAAGCAGCAAACAUUCAAGUUCAAACCAAGUUCAGCAGAAGACUAAAAAGAAUGAAUUUGUGUCUACCACACCAUACAGGCUCCGGAAGAGGCUAGCAGUUCCAGAUACUCAAUUAGAAAGUGAGAGUGAAUAUUCUGCUUCCUGCUCAGAAGAAGAGGAGGUGGAAGAAGCCCAGAAAGAGGUCAGCACUGUUUUAUCACAUCAGAAGACCCCAGCAAAAACUAAGGCUGUAUCUACGCCGCCUCCUAGAAAAACCCUAUCCAAAAAAAAGGACAAGAUGAGCAACCUGGUAGAGGAAUACUUUGAAGCUCACAGUAGUUCCAAAGUGCUCACUUCGGACCGAACGCUGCAGAAGUUACGGAGGAAAAGAUUGAAUCAGCAAACAUUGCAUGACCUUCUGCAAAAAUCUCCCCUUACCUAUGCUGCUGAAAUUAAAGAGUUAAACCAGCAAUAUGAGUCCCUGUUUUCGAAGUGGAUGCUGCAAUUACACUUGGGUUUUAAUAUCGUGCUUUAUGGACUUGGCUCAAAGCAUGAUUUGUUAGAGAAGUUUCGUACAUCUAUGCUCCAGGAUUCUGUUCACCUUGUGGUUAAUGGAUACUUCCCCAGCAUCACUGUGAAAUCUGUUCUCAACUCCAUCACAGAGGAGGUAUUGGACCAUAUAGGGACCUUCCGCAGCCCACUCGAUCAACUUGAAUUCAUCAUGAAAAGAUUCAAAGAAGAUUCAUCUUUAGAGCUCUAUGUCCUCAUUCAUAACCUGGACAGCCAGAUGUUGAGAGGAGAAAGAAGUCAGCAGAUCCUUGCACAGUUAUCCUCUCUGCCUAGCAUUUACCUCAUUGCCUCUAUCGAUCACAUCAAUGCUCCUCUCAUGUGGGAUCAGGCGAAGCAAAGCCUCUACAAUUGGCUUUGGUAUGAGACAACCACAUUUAAUCCUUAUGUGGAAGAAACAUCUUAUGAAAACUCACUGUUAGUACAGCAAUCUGGAUCUUUGGCUUUGAGCUCCCUAACACAUGUCUUGCGCAGCCUCACUCCCAAUGCCAGGGGGAUAUUCAGACUGCUUGCUCAGUACCAGCUGGAGAACAAGGACAACCCGUCUUACCCAGGCCUCUCUUUCCAAGAUUUCUACCAGCAGUGUCGAGAGGCCUUUCUUGUAAACAGUGACCUCACACUCAGGGCACAGCUGACAGAAUUCAGGGACCACAAGCUCAUUCGGACCAAGCGGGGAGCUGAUGGUGUGGAGUACUUAUUAAUACCUGUAGAUGACAGUACCUUGACGGACUUCUUAGAGAAAGAGGAUGAAGAUGUAUAACAUCAGUCUGUUCCCAAAACAACUACGGCAAUUGCUCUCAAGGGCUGCUGGAGAGGGGCCUAUUCUCAGAUCUUUCUCUUCAGCCUCAAAGCUGCUGGACUACUUACUGAAAUAUAUUAACUGUAAUGAACAAUGUUUCUUGUUCAGCUCUUCAGGUAGUUUGGAAUGCUAACUUCUAUAAGCAAGCUAUUUCUUGCUCUGAGGUUAGAUUUAUCUGCUUUGUCUCUUAGCUCAGAUGAUGCCCUCUUCAUAUCUACGUAGCCAACUAUACAGUCAGGAAAACUAACUUGGUAAGAUUGUGCCUUCUGCUCUUUAACAGACAUAAAGGUUUGGUUGGAGCAGUUCAUAUGGGAAUUGCAAACCACUAGAUGGUCAGAGCUUUAGUUUGUACCAGUGAUGGAUUUUUUCUCAACUGAGUGCUUUCUGGCACUCCUUUACCAGUUAGAUAAGAUUGGCUUCCAGCAUAUGAAGAAGCCAAGAUUUGUAAUGCUAAGAGACCUGUGUUGACUGCACAAGAAAUAUGAGCACGUUUGGGAUACUGUGGGUAACUUAUUAAAUUCUGGCAGUGGAACUGAAGGACUUUUCCCCAAGAUGGAAUUCUUUUAUAAGAGGAUUUAGGUAACAACUUGAGUCGAUCACAAUUUUGAUUACCUCUUGGUGAGAGUGAGAGGUUCCAGCUUCUUUCAUCUACUUUCCAACUUGUUAUCUGGAAAUAUGAAGAGGCUGUGAAGUUUUGUUUACUGAAAAAAAAAAAUGUAUAUAUGUAUUUUUUUACAUUAGGAGUGUCCAUUGAUUGUGGAGGAGGCCUUAAAUGCCACUUACAAGCUCUCCCUUUUUGUAGCCCUUAGAGGUUGGGAGAGUGCUGAAGUUUCACAGCUUUUCUUCACUGUGUUUCUCAGGUAUAUGAGAGUAAGCCCUAGUUUCAUCAACUGUAGUCUGCUAAUCAGACUUCAAGGACUCCAAUGUCUAACACUUGGUAGCUGUGUUACAGCUCAAUGUUGUAAUAGUUCAAAUCAAUCAAAUAAAGUACUUUAUUAAUUUUCAUUAGCUUA